AAGAUUGAAGCAUCACGCUCUUAAUUCCCUGCUGACAUUGAAAAUGGCGGCAAUUGGGCGUCAUUCUCUCUCGCUCUAGGGUUUUACUUCUCUCUCUGCUCUGCUCUGCUCUGCUCUGUUCUGAAAGCUAAAAUGUUCGGAGUUCAGGCGUCGUCGUCGGCCUUCGGGACGCCGUCGGUAACCCCAGCAUUCGGAACUCCCUCCUCCACGCCGGCCUUCGGAGCCUCUUCCUCCAUGCCAGCAUUCGGAACUCCUUCCUCUACUCCAGCCUUCGGCACCCCAUCGACGCCGGCCUUCGCCACCGGCUUCGGCACGUCGCUCUUCUCAACUCCAUUUUCACAACAACAACAACAACAGCAACCGCAAACCUCACUGUUUCAACCCCACCACCAACAACAACAGCAACAGACCCCCAGCCUAUUCGGCUUCUCCACCCCAUUCAGCGCCCCAGCACCGUCCACUGCUACUCCUUUUGCAAAUGCUCAGACUCAGUUGACCACUCAGAUGGCCCCCGUGGCUCCUCUUCCCUUCUCUCUCGCCGAUCGCGACAUCCAGGCCAUUGUUGAUGCUUAUAAGGAGGAUCCUGGAAACCCUAAGUACGCUUUUAAGCAUUUAUUAUUCAGCGUAACUGAACAACAAUUUAGGAUAAAGCCUGCUGGUGUAUCAGAUAUCAUGUGGGCAGAAGCAAUGGGGAAGCUAGAGGGCAUGGAUAGUUCUAACCGGGAACGCCUUUGGCCUCAGCUUGUUCAGGGUUUCAAAGAUCUUUCUCAACGCCUGAAGCUUCAGGAUGAAGUUAUACUCUCUGAUGCUGAGAGAUUGCAGAUGAUUCAAAACAAUGUGAAAAUGCUUCAAAGGCACUUCCAAGCUGACACUCUUCCUUGGAUAGAAAGAAUGAGACAGAAAGAGCAAGGUCUUCAAAGGCGCCUAUUAAGGGCUAUGAGAAUAAUUGAGGCAUUGGAGGGAAGAGGGUGCAGGGUGCCUUUAAUGAAAGGAGAAGCUGAAUUGGCCGAGAAGUUGGCUGCAAUAACUAGGCAGUUGAAAGGUUCUGGGGCAGAACUUUCAAGGAGGGUGCAGAAUCUUCUCACUAUAGCACGCUUCCAGGCAAAUGCUGGUGGUGGUGGUUCCGUUUAUCUUCCAGGGGCAGCCAAAAUACAUGAACAGAGUCUUUCUGAUAUGCAGGAGGUCUUACAGCAGCAGACAGAAGCGAUUGCAAAGCUAGGCAAUGUAUUAAAGAGGGAUAUCAGGGAUAUGGAGAUUAUAAUGGCCGAGGAUACAGAGUUGACAGAUGCGAGUUAAGAGUUACUGGAUGAUUUCAAAAAUUUCUGUAAUUUUUGAUCAAUGAUUUGGUUUUUGUUGUUACUGAUUGCAUUUGACGUUUGACUGGUGAUUGAACUAAUACACAAAUAGUCGCUAGAAUGGUAGGGAUUUGUAACCUUGAGAGCUUGCUCCAUGUUGGAGUUGGAGCUCGUGCUCCAGCUCCUCGAGUAGGCUGGAGCACGCAAUUGUUAACGUCUCUGGCACCUCCGGCACCACUUGCUUAAACCAUUAAAACCAUUAUUACCUUUCA